AUGUCACCGCAGAUACUCCCAUUCAGGGAUAUCAAUCUGCACGCGUCUCCCUCCCACUAUGCGUUCACUUCACCCUCGUCACCCCAGGCUCCAACUCUUGUGGUAGACAGGCCGACGGGUGACUUGCGUCUGAAUGAUGGUCCCCUUUCGGGCGCGAAGCGCAUCUCUAGCAUUGCGGGAAUUCUGGGGAUCAUCAAAUUGAAACUGGACAAGUACAUCAUUGUCAUUACCAAAGCUCAGCCUAUGGGCCGGCUUCGUGGUCAUAUGGUGUACAAGGUUACCUCCACCGAGUUCCUCCCAAUGCGCGAACGGCCAUUGCACGAUAAAGAUGAGGAUACCUACCUCGCCCUGAUCAAAGAUCUGCUUCGCACAGGCCCUACGUACUUUUCCUACUCACUGGACUUGACGAACAGCUUCCAGCGACAGUCACAGAGUCCGCCUGAGAUCCCCCUGUGGAAGCGCGCAGACGACCGAUUCUUCUGGAACCGAUUCAUUCAGUCCGACCUCAUCGAUUUCAGCUUAGGGGAGAACAACACCAAUGGUGGUCGCUAUGGACCCCAGCCUGGAGCUGACCCUUACAUUCUUCCUGUCAUGUUUGGCAUGAUGCGCAUCACUUCAGCUCGAGUCAAGGGAACAUCAUUCACAUUCGCGCUCAUCACACGACGAUCCCGACACCGUGCAGGCACGAGAUACUUCUCUCGAGGCAUUGAUGAGCAGGGCCACGUGUCAAACUACAAUGAGACGGAACAGAUUGUAAUAUUGAACGAUGUUGCCGGGGGCCUAUCAGGCUAUGCUCCUGGCCAAUCCAUGGCGAAUGGCAAGACUGGUCAAGACCUUCAGGUUUACUCCUUUGUCCAGACACGAGGCAGCGUGCCAGUCUUUUGGGCCGAGGUAAAUAAUCUAAAAUAUACGCCCAAACUACAGGUUCGGGGCGUCGAGACAGCGAUUGAAGCUGCUCGCAAGCAUUUCACUGAGCAGAUACGCCUUUACGGGGAAAAUUACAUGGUCAACCUGGUCAAUCAAAAAGGUCGCGAGGAACGCGUGAAGACUGCCUACGAACAAUUAGUUCGUUUCUUGGUCUCUACCUCCGCAGAGAGGAGAGAAACUGACAACCGUACCUCCGAGAAGCUUCACGUGGUAGAGCCAGGUCUGAAACAGAAGGAAAUGGAUCGUCUCCACUACGUGUAUUUCGAUUUUCACAACGAGACGAAGGGACUCAAGUGGCACCGGGCUGAACUUCUGAUGGGACGUUUGAACGAUGGUCUGACUCAAGGCGGGUACUUCAGAGGAGUCGAGAACCCUGGUGCUCCUGGCGGACAGCUGGAAAUACGAUCGACGCAGACGAGUGUGGUGCGCACGAAUUGUAUGGACUGUCUUGAUCGAACGAACGUCGUACAGAGUAUGCUCGGCCGCUGGGCGUUGACCCGACAACUCAUGGAUGCCGGUGUUCUCAGUCCCGGUGAAAACGCGAAUGAUGACCCCGAAUUCGAGAACUUAUUCCGUAAUAUAUGGGCGGACAAUGCCGAUGUUGUCUCCAAAUCUUACUCUGGCACGGGCGCUCUGAAGACUGAUUUCACCCGCACUGGUAAGCGCACCCGGGCUGGCGCGCUUCAGGACUUGAGAAACUCAAUCACCAGAUAUGUUCGCAACAACUUCUUGGACGGACCACGUCAGGAUGGAUUUGAUGUGUUCUUGGGAACAUACCUUCCUUCUGAUACUUCCUUCGCUAACAUUCAACUGUUUAUCGACCGACGGCCUCUGGUCAUCCAGGCUGUGCCGUAUGUUUUUGCGGCCAGUCUGUUCAUGGUCCUGAUUGCCACCUUCACAAGACGUUUACCGGAUGCGGCCGUCUGGCCUCUUCGGAUUUUCACAAUGAUCUGGAUCCUCAUCGGAGCCUACUGCUUCAACUUUAUCAAUCGCUACGGCAUGCUCUACGUGAACUGGCCAAAACUGAACACUCCUGUCGCUGGUGCGGAGGGCUAUCAAGAUGCUCUCACUAAAGCUCGCUCGGAUCCGCUCAUCGGUCAGUGGCUUCCUUCUCGGCGACACCAGCGGGGUAUUAGCAACGCUCGUCUUGUCUUUCUUGAGGAGGGCAAAACCAGGAUUGAAUAG